CCGAGAAAUAUGUGGGAUUGAACAUACAACAUAAAUUUACAACUACGCAGUGUCAAGGUCCAAACUGAUGACAGAUCGUAGUCACUGUCGUCACUGAAAAGCGAUAUUAUAUAUCUCUUAAGAGAGAAAUAAGUUCGCCAAAUAGUUACAUAAUCGUAUAAUCUUGGUCUUUGACCCUCGGUUCUCGGUUCUAACCUGUCCACGUGCCGUCUUAUUGUUAGCACGAAUAAGACGAACUUUGUUCAACGUAACGAAUUAAUAUUACAUGCGUCCGUAAAAAGACGGUUAUUGACGCUGUUAAAACGCGAGAAUGAAGGAAGAGGUGAAUAACAAAGAGCUGGACAAGGAUCACUGGAAGCUUGAAGCGCAAACCAUUAUCAACGACGUAAAACAGCAUGUAACGGACAUCAAAAUAUCAGAAAAAUUACGAAAUAACAAUCAUUUCCUCUACUUAAAUUUGAUUACAUUAGAGGGCUUGAAGUUUUGCAUAGAACUAUCAAGUGCUGGUUUUACCAUCGUUGGUAACGAACACGACGACACAUCAAAGAGAGAAAGCGAACACUACGAAACGCCCUACAGCUUGUUGAAUUUCGUUAGCCCGCAAUAUAGGGAUUCCUUUGGGAAUUCGCUUGUUCAUAAGCUUAAACAAUUAAGUAACUCACAGUGAACAAAUUUAAUCAGAAUUUUUUAAUAGUGAAAUGAAAUACAGUUAAAUAUAAAUGAAAAUAAAGUGCUAAUUCCAAUUGUUUGAAUACACACACAUACACACAUCUUUCAACAAUAAGCGUUUGAAAUCCAAAAUAAAUUAUGAUUCUCGUCAAA